AUGAAUCGACUCUUCAAUUCAAAAGACAAAAUAGUUCGCAAUGGUGAUAGAGUGAUCAUAAAGAUUGAAUUAUGCGACAACUGUGUCAAAAAUAACUGCGAAGCAACUGAUUUGCUAUCAAACAAAAGGAGGAAGAUUGAAAAGAAAACUUAG